AUGGCGGUGUUAGAGCCGAGCAUGAACCAAACCCACACACCAUAUCCAUCGAACCUGCCAGGAAGCCUAGCGUGCACCACAGAUGCGGUGGCGAGGAUGAUGCGGAGGUGGGGCUACAAGGAGGGCUCGGGCCUUGGCGCGCGGGGGCAAGGGAUCAUCGCCCCCGUAAAGCCCAAGGCACAGCAAGCCGGCAUCGGCUACAGCAAGAAACCGUACAACAACGGCCUCGAGGACAUGACGCCGCAGGUGGUCCAAGAAGAGUGGAUACUUCGGCUGGAGGAUCGGUCACGAGCCAUGAAGCUCGAAGAGGAUUGCUGCCAGAAGACUCUCGUGCUGCUGCGUGGCAUGGUGAAACAGGGCGACACAUCCAAGGAGACAGCGGAAGCGCUGGCCGCGAUCGUCAAGUCCCGGAAGGUGUUCCGGGGGAAGCGCGGGGAGAAGCGCAAGCUAGGCAAGUGGAAAGCCACGCUGCCAUCCUCCGUCACGCGGUACAUCGUCGAGGAGGUGAUCAUGCCGACGGUGGCGGCGGGCGCGCGAGAGUGGGAGCCGUCGUGGGACCCGGGCUGCCACAACUGGCUACGCCCAUGGAUCCCGCUCAUCGGCCACCUGCCGGAAAGCCUCUACGACACCGUGAAGAGCAAGAUAAUCACCGACCUCUACGACGCCGUGUCUCCAUGGAAGCAGUACCUAGAUCCCAUCCAAUGGGACAGGUUCGCCCGGCGCCACGUCGUGCCCAGGCUAGCAUUGCUUGUGCGGGAGCUAAGGAUCACGCCGCCCAAGCAGAUCGACCCCUCCUUCCGGAUCGCGAUGUUCUGGUCGCCCCUCGUGAGCGCGCAAGACAUGGUGUCGAUCCUAGAAGAAGAGCGCUUUUUCGACAGAUGGGAAAGCGCCAUGCGUCACUGGCUGCAGUGCACCGCGAGGCCACCGCUGGAGGAAGCCCUCGCGUGGUGUGCGGGCUGGAGGAAGCUCUUCACGCCGGAGCUGCUUGAGGAUGAACGCGUGCUCGCGCGUCUGGAUGUCGGCGUCACUAUGGUUGAUCUUGGGAUGCAAGACCUCAGGCUAUAG